AUGCUUCGUGAUACUCCGCAAAGUAUAAUUUCUGUCGCCAGAGACAAGAAGCCCGAUUUCCUACCAGAUACAGCAUGGAACCUUCUCAGCAACCCGAUGUCAUGGGGGAAGCUCUCAUGGCUAUUCCUUGCGCAAGCACGUUCCAAGAUCCCGGAUCCAGAUGGCUUCAAAGGGUGGGCUGUGUCAACUUUUGCAGCUAAUUUACAGGCCACCGAUGAUCGAGAUUAUAUCUAUGGUCUUCUCGGAGUGUCUGGGAUACCGAUCACUCCUGACUAUAGCCCCAAGAACACGACCUCGCAAGUCUAUAUCAAGUACAUUGCAGGCUGGUUGAAAGCUGCACGCACACAACAAACUAUGCAUGUCCACAGCCCUCUUGCGUUUUUGUCCCUCGCGGGAACGGGUGAAUAUAGUCACUCUGAUCUACCAAGCUGGGUUCCCAACUACAGAAACAAGAAGGAAGCUUCAUCACCCUGGUGUUAUAGUGCUAGCAAUUUUCGCCCCACCGAUGAAGGUGACCCGACUUCAUCUCCCGCUCAUCGUGUAUGCUACCCUUAUGUGGUCGAAGAAACACAAAGUCUGUUCAGUUGGGGUAAAGACAUGGGGCAUAUUACUUUGUCCACGAACUGCUGUCACGAUUCUGAUCCACAGAUCUUGGCAUCUUUCAUGUCUUUCGCAAACUCUUUCACUACGCGGAACUCGAAGUAUGUUACAGGGAUUCCAGCUGCCCAGGCUAUUAUCAGACUACUAUCCAUGGGCAAAACCAGAAAGGUCUCUCAGGACCUUGUCGAUAAUUCUUUAAAUCUGGCCAUGCUGAUCACCUAUUUCAAUAUGUCCAAGUCCCAGACUGUCACAAAAACCUGGAGCUCAAAUUGGGAUUAUGAUCUUCUCAACAUGGCCUUUUCUCCAUCAGAGCUGGCUCCCAUGAAAGUCAGACUUAAUGUAAGUUAG